CAAGGAAGUGACCAGAUAAGUGAUUUGGGUGAGUUCUGUACUAUCUGUAGUGACAUACAGUGAGCUAACAGCAGGAGUGAAGCGGGGCGAAAGAGAGCUCAGAGCUGCAGCAGUGAAGCUCGAGUGUCAGCUGGACAAUUCAGACCUUCCCUCAGAGCCUUGUUCGUGUGCUGUGAUUGGAAAAUGAGUUUCCUAUCCUAUCUGUCUGUGACAUGGAGCCUGGUCAUUCUGGUGGUCACUCUUUUGUUAAUUUACAGCGUUUGGCCGUAUGGAUUCUUUAAGAACCUGGGGAUCCCAGGGCCAAGGCCUUGGCCCUUCUUGGGAACCUUCCUGUCCUACAGAAAGGGUUUUUACAAUUUCGACAUGGAGUGCUUUAAGAAAUAUGGGAAGGUUUGGGGGAUAUAUGAUGGAAGGUUACCAGUACUGAUGAUCUUAGAUCUUGAAAUGAUCAAGGUUAUUAUGGUAAAGGAAUGUUUCUCAACCUUCACUAAUAGAAGAGACGCAAAUAUGGAUUUGGCAGGUCCCUUCGCUGACGGGAUAACUGUAGUCAAAGAUGAAAAGUGGAAACGAAUCCGUGCUUCGCUCUCUCCGUUCUUUACAAGCGGACGACUUAAGGAGAUGUUUCCUAUUGCUGAUAAAUAUGCAGAUCGCUUCAUAGACAAUUUGAAGAAAAGAAACCCAGGGGAAUCGAUCAAAAUUAAAGAGGUCUUUGCUCCCUUUACCAUGGAUGUGGUCACCAGUGCCUCCUUCAGUGUUGAAAUUGAUUCCAUGAACAACCCUAAUGAUCCAUUUGCCAUCCAGAUCAAGAAAUUUUUCAACUUCAACUUCUUCAGUCCCUUAAUCCUGCUAAUUACCAUCUUUCCCUUCACUACUUCGAUUUUGUCCAAAAUGGGACUGACCUUGUUUUCGAAGUCAGUUAUGGAAUUUUUCUACAGUGCGCUGAGGAAGAUCAAAGACCAGCACAACGCUAAUGAAAAUAGGCGAGUGGACUUCCUGCAGCUCAUGAUCCAAAGCCAAAUAUCUGACGAGCAAGCUGAAAAAGCUGAUAAUCAACCAAGCAAAGGCUUGACCGAUCAUGAGAUUCUUUCCCAGUCCUUCAUUUUCAUCCUGGGAGGAUAUGAGACCACCAGCACCACCCUCACCUAUCUACUAUAUAAUCUCACAACAAACCCUGACUGCAUGAACAAACUGGUGGAGGAGAUUGAUGCAAACUUUCCUCACGAUGCUCCUGUGACCUACGAUGCGUUGAUGAAGUUUGAGUACCUGGACAUGGCCAUUAAUGAGUCGAUGCGUCUCCUGCCAACUGCCCCCCGUCUGGAGAGGAUGUGCAAGAAGACUAUAGAGCUCAAUGGAAUCACCAUUCCUAAAAACACUCUGGUCGGUAUUCCUACAUACGUUCUGCACAGGGAUCCACAGCUCUGGGAGUCUCCUGAAGAGUUCAGACCUGAGAGGUUCAGUCCUGAGAAUGAAAUCAGCCCCUACAAGUUUAUGCCGUUUGGUCUCGGGCCUCGUAACUGUGUUGGAAUGAGGUUUGCUGUGAUGAUCAUGAAACUGGUGAUAGUGAAGCUGCUGCAGAACUUCAGCGUGGAGACGUGCAAAGAGACGCAGAUUCCCAUUCAGCUUAAUGCUCUUUUUCAACCAAAGGUUCCCGUGACUCUGAAGUUUGUUCCAAGAACUCACAAUGAGGAAUAGUUCACCAUGAUUUCACCCUGUCUGUGAUUGCGAUGCUCUAAUAAUCACAUUUUCACUUUAAGUUUUACUUCGUAUCCCUUGGCUGUAUUGUGAGUGUCAAAUGCAGCAAUUUUUUUAAAUGUUUUAUACAGUGGAACCUCAGCAUACGAAUGCCCUCCCUUGUGAAUUUUCAUCUUAAGAAUUGAAAUUUUGCAUCGGCAUAUGAACCAAACCUCGGCUAAGUUGUGCUACGGCCUGGAGCGGUCAGUACGUCAGUGGAAAGCCAACCACAGUGAUUUUAUGAAUUUUACAAAGUGUCAGCCAGUGAAAGCUGUUUUGAAAGAGUUAACCCACGAUACCAGUAUCACCUCUGGAUUGGUGGCGUGGGUGGUCUGUUCUAUUUUCAGCCCAAGCAUGGUGGCAUGACUUCCUGUGAGGAGCCUUGACAUGGAAUGCUUGGCUUGGCUCAGUUCUUUGUAAGCAGCCAUACAGUUUACAUACGCUUUGUAUUGGUCAUAUUGGUCAUAUUUCUGGAUUGUCUGAAUUUACAUUAAUUCUUAUGGAAAAAUUCAUUUCAUAUUACAAAUGUCCGCCUUAAGAACGAAUUAAAUUCGUACACCCCGAGGUUCCACUCUACAUUAUUGCUUAAUUGUAAUUUUUAUUAAGGGAUAUCAGUUGAACUCAAUAGGAAAUGUUUACGUGGAUGGAACAAGUGAUAAUCAAGAACACUUUUUUAGCAGUACAUGACAGCACACCAUAUAGGAAUCCUGAUCUCUUUUAUACUCCUGUAUUUUGCUUUUAUAUUGAUGUGAUAGGUGUUUUAAAGAGCAGAAUUCUGGCCUGUAAUUAUAUUCCUAUGGCCUCUAAAUAGUCUAUAUAGAAUAUCACUACUAUUCUGUAAAUUUAGAAUUACAGAAAAUGAUUGUGUAUAUUUUAUGUUGCCACCAUCUGCAGUACUGAAAGUUUCAGCAGGAGUUUUAUAAAUGUUAUAAUACCACUUUGGGGCUAUUUUUGUAUGCUGUUUUUUUUAACCACAUUAUUCAGAUGCUGACAUUUGCUUUCCUCCACUUUAAUAAUGUUUUGAUUAUGUUGUUCAUGCAGCUUAAAAUGUUAAAUUUCUGAUUCUUAUUUGCAGCAAUAAAAAGUAAAAAAAA